AUGUCAAUAUACUCAUUUGGAUUGGGUAUUAAUGGUGAAUUGGGACAAGGAGAUACAUGUGAGAGUUUAGAUCUUCCAAAGAAAAUACAAUUCUUUUCAGAUAUUAACAAAAAGGUUAAAAAGAUAUCAUGCGGAUCAUAUCAUACUGUUUUUAUUACUGAUGAUGAAGAAUUAUAUCUUACAGGUAUUGGACAAGAUCCAAAGACAGGAAGUACAUUAUUUGCAUUGGAUUCAACUCUUUCAAAAUCGACAUCAUCACCACUUUCAUUGUCAAAGAAUGGAGCAUCAAGUGGUGUUGUUGACAACAAGGGUGCACGUAUUCCACACAGUUUAUCGACGCGAUCUCUAUUGAAACCAUCCAACAGUCAAGAAGAGAGACAGUUACAAGGAGCAUUGGAUGAAUUCCACGAGGUUGUCAAAACAAAUGGUCCACCAUCGGGUGGAUCGACACCUCCAUUGUCAUCGGGCGGCGGAUCGGGAUCUGGAACACCCACAACACCGCCACCACUCACAGUGUCAAUGACUCAACAAAACAUAGAAUACGUUAAACCACGGACCAUCCCAACUCACAUUCCACUCUCAUUUAUCGAUAGAAAUCAUCCAGCCAACAAAAUCAAACAAGUGUCACUUGGCAACUAUCACAUUGUCAUUCUAACUGAAGGUGGAAACGUUUGGUCAUGGGGUACAAACACCUAUGGUCAAUUGGGUAUUGGUUCAACUACUCAUUCCAAUCAUCCUAAAAUGGUUGAAUUAAAAUGUGUAAAGAGUAUUGCUACUGGUGUAAAACAUACAGCUGCAAUCAAUGAAUGGGGAGAACUUUAUAUGUGGGGAAUUAACGAACAAGGUGAAUUGGGGUUAGGAGAUACGAAUAAUAGAUUGUCUCCAACCAGAGUAUCAAGAUUAAAAUCGGAAUUUAUGCAGAGAAAUUUCCUCAGACAACUAAAUGUCCUCAACAACGUGUACUACAAAUCAUUCAUGUCAAUCGCUACGCCAAGCGAUCCUGCCAUAACCCAACAAUUGUUAUUCCUCUCGAACCAAGGCAGCGGCAGUGGGUCGGACAAGAGUGGAUCAGCAGACAAGGGGGCAGGUACGCUGUCGGCCUCUGGAGGUGGUGGUGGUGGUUUGUCAUCGUCAAGAGACCUAAACUCGACUGCGAGCAGCGGCAAUUUGUCUCCAGUUGUAGGUCCCACGCCUAUUACAACGGGCGGCAGUUCGCACUCGACACCCAAUCUCAUGAGUGGAUCGGGCACGAUUCGGUCGCGAUCAACUAGCAUGGCCACAAUCAGAGGGUUCCUCGGCCUAAACGCCAUGGCCAACACGUCCAUCGAAGACAAUGUAUCGGUGACCGAGGAAGAGGUCAUUGGCAUAUUUAGUGAUAUUCGGUCGCUCAUCAAAUCAACGCAAAUCCUGUUGAGCAAGCUGGAUCAAAGAAUCGAUACCUAUGAUCCCGAGAUUCAAAUACUUGGAGACAUCUUUCUCGAAGAGUCAGUCCUCAGUAGCUACCGUUGUUACAUUCCAUUCAGUGACAAUUACAACUCUGCAUGUAUGACACUCUUUAAUGUCAAACGUCGUAGUGAAAAGGUUGCAACUCUACUCAAAGAAUGUGAAAAACGAUCACAAACCUAUGGUGUAAAAUUAGAUAGCGAUAUUGUACAUUCAAUCGAUCUUAAAUCUCUUCUCUUAUCGCCAUUACAAAAUAUCCCAAGAAUAUUUAUGAUGUUAGGUGAAUUGAGUAUGUCAACCUCACCAAAACAUAAAGAUAUAGAAUUAUUGAAUCAAUCUGCAGGAAAAUUUCAAGUUUUAUUUGAGCGUAUCAAUCAAAAUUUCCAAUUUGUAGAGGCAAUUGAAAUUUUGAAUUGUUCAUCAAAUGAAUAUGGUAAUCCACAGGUUAUGGGUGGUUCAUUAAAACAACUUGUUGAGAAAUUAACUCAUCAUAAUAUUUCAGAUCCAUAUUUUGUAAAUGUAUUUUUACUUACAUUUAGGAAUUUUUCAAAACCAUUGGAAUUAUUGGAUUUAUUAAUUGAGAAAUAUGAAAAGUAUCCAGUUGCUCGUGGAAGAGUGGUCAAUGUACUAAGUAAUUGGAUUAUAAAUUAUUUCUAUGAUUUUGAAAACGAUCCCAUUCAAACUAUUAUCGACCCACCCGAUCAUCAUCCAGAACAACUCUCUCAAAAACUAGAGAAAUUCCUUCAAAAUUCAAUCACCGACAAGUUGUUGAAUAGCGCCAAGGCACCAUACGAAGCCCAAAGAAAGAAGGAUUUCUCGACGAGAUACAACGCCAUCUCGGUCAUUAUUCCAACAGUUGUAACACCACCAACCAUCUCACUGCUCGAUUUUAGUCCCAUCGACAUCUGUCAAACCCUCACCAUCUUGAAUCAUCUCUACUAUGCCAAGAUUGAUCGAAGAGAGUUGCUCAACCAACGAUGGACCAAAAAGAAGGCACCCAACAUCCAAGCAUCGACCGAUCACUUUAAUCGUGUCAGUCAACUCGUAGUCACUGAAAUUGUUCAAUGUAAAAACUCUAAAUCCAGAGCAACCGUCAUUGCUCACUUUCUCGCCAUUGCUCAAGGUUGUUUUGAAUUGAAUAAUUUUACUGGUGUUGCUGCUAUCAUCUACGGUCUCAAUAAUGCAACUGUUAGUAAACUUAAAAAGACUUGGAGUAAAUUGUCAAAGGAUUCAUUCAAUACAUAUGAAUAUUUGGAAAAGAUUGUUACACCAAUGAAAAAUUAUAUAUCACUUCGUCAUAUCAUGGCAACGGUUCAACCUCCAUGUACACCAUUUAUUGGUACCUAUCUCAAAGAUUUGACGUUUAUCGAGGAUGGUAAUCCCCCUCAAAUUGGUGGAUUGAUCAAUUUCUACAAACAAAGAAAGAUAUCCGAAGUCAUCUUCCAAAUACAACAAUUCCAACAAGUACUGUACACAAACAUCACUCCAAACAUCACCAUUAGAGAUUAUUUGUUGGCUGCUCCACUACUAGAGGAAAAGAAAGCACAAUCAAUGGCUUCUGGUUACGAAUAA